AUGUCUGAAAAUUCAAGUGACAGUGAUUCAUCUUGUGGCUGGACUGUCAUCAACCAUGAGGUACCCAAUUUCACAUUAAUAAGUUCUGGUUCUGACAUAGAGACAGUGACUUCAGAAAAUGGAAGCACAAAUGAUAACCAAGAGUUUGUUUCAGAAGAAUAUGUUUCUUUGCAAGAAGAGGAGCAACCAAUUGAUUUGCAAGCUCAGUGCAGCAAUGAUGAAGAGAUACCGGUGGCAGAUAAUACUCUUUCUGCUUUUGAGGAAACUCAGAUAGUUCCAGAGGGAAAUAAAGAAAAAAUCCCUGAUGAUGGGUCCUGCAUUGGAACUAUUAGUGAUGAUUCUGACAUUGUUACACUUGAAGCUCCAAAAUCAGAAGAAACUCAAAGUCAGGAGGAAGCUCCAGCUGAGGGUGAAGAAGCUCGAAGUUCAGCUGAUUUUAACAUGGGUUCCUCCUCUAGCAGUCAAUAUGCAUUUUCCCAUCUAGAAACUGUUUUUUCAUCUCAGGCUAGCAAUGAUGAAUCAAGUAGUGAUGAAACGAGCGACCAGUCCAGUCCCACAGUACGAAAACGUCGGGCUAAGAAGAGGCCGAUCCCCAGCUCUGAGGCUGAGGGGGGGACAAAAGCGGAACCGGAGUCUGAACCUCCCGAAGAAGAGCAGCACAAACGCCAGUUCAGUAGUGGCCUUAACAGAUGCAUCAUACUGGCUUUGGUGAUUGCAAUCAGCAUGGGCUUUGGACACUUCUAUGGUACAAUACAGAUCCAGAAACGUCAGAAUCUGGUGACAAAGACACGUGACUUCAAAGAUAUGAAAGAGGAUCUCUACCAGUGCCAACAAGAGCAAGGAGAUAAAGUGUAUCAUAAAUCACUCAAGGGAGAUUUUGCCACGUGUUUGACCUCUACUGAGGUGGAGAAGAAAUCCUUUGAAUCUCAAAAAAAAAGUCUUGCUGCAGAAAAUCAGCACUUAAGAGAAUCUCUAGAGAAAGAAGAAAAAGCUUUGGCCUCACUUCAGGAAGAAUUAAGAAAGCUGAGACAACAAAUUAGAAACUUAGAAGAUAAAGGUACUAGCACGGAGUCUAUUGUAAUGGAAAAUCAGAAACUAAGGGAACAUUUGGAAGAGGAAAAGCAAAGAAACCACAACUUUCUUAGGCAAAAGGAAACACUCUUUGCAGAAGCACAGAUGUUAAGGAGAGAACUGGACAAAGAACGUCAUGUUACGGAAGCUCUAAAAAAAGAACUGGAACAGUUAAGUUCUCGUCAAACACCUGACAAUGCUAAUGAAGAUGAUGAUACAUUAAGAGAAAAUCAAGAAAUAGAAGCUCUGCGAGGAAGACUAGUAGAACUAGAAAAAAAGCUAAACUUCGAGCAGCAACGCUCUGACUUAUGGGAGAAGCUGUAUGUUGAAGCAAAAGACCAAACUGAAAAACAGGAAACGUAUGAAAAGGGACAAAAGAAAGGUGCUAAGGGGCAGAGUAAGACUAAAAAGAAAUCAAAGGAAUCAUUUUUUGGUUCAGUUAAGGAAACUUUUGAUGCUAUGAAAAAUUCCACAAAAGAGUUCGUAAGACACCAUAAAGAAAAGAUUAAGCAGGCUAAAGAAGCAGUGAAAGAAAACCUGAAAAAAUUCUCUGAUUCUGUAAAGUCUACAUUCAGACACUUCAAAGACACCACAAAAAACAUCUUUGAUGAAAAGGAGAAGAAGUCAAACGAUAGAAGACACGAGGCAAACAAGAAAGCUCGAACAUUUUAUCGAGAGCAUAACUUUUACGAGAAUUCAAAGCACAUGCAUUACAGGGGACCUAACGUGGCUAAAGAGUUCAAAGAUGGAAGAAAACAUCAGUUUACAGCGUUUGAAAAAGAUACAGAUUCACAGAAAUGUCUCAAUGAUCCUUUGUGCAAUAGAAAACAUCAGUUUGGCCUUAAGGGCUGCUCUGGUAUUUUUGAAUGUGCUCAUCAAGAAUUCAUUAGUCUCUUUAACAGAGUUUCGGAUCCCAUCAGGGUGGAUGAAUUUAAUCGGCUAAUGAAAAAGUAUUUGCAACAAGUUGUACAUAACUUUCAUCACUGGAGAGAACUAGAAAAUUUCAUUGAUAAGUUUUUUCAUAAUGGGGUAUUUAUACAUGACCAGAUGCUCUUCACUGAUUUUGUUAAUGAUGUCAAGGAUUACCUAGAAGAUAUGAAGGAAUACCAAAAUAAUAAUGAAAAGGUUUUUGAGGAUUUGGACAAAUACAUCUACAGAUACUACUUUCAUUAUGAUAAUUCACCCCAGUAUGGACCCAGUCGACCUAAAAGGCCUUCUUAUACACAAACUGAAAAUUCCAGACAUGAAAAACAAGCUCAGAAGUACCACCACCGUAAUAAAAGAGAAGGUAAAUGGCAAAAACAUGGUCGCACUAAUGGAAGACACAUGGCAAAUCUUGAAAUAGAAUUGGGGCAAUUACCCUUUGAUCCCAAAUACUGAGUAAUUUAUGGUAAAAGUAAAAUCAGAAUUCACAUUCUCUCCAAAAACUAAUUGUUUUUCAACAAAGCAGCAAGAUGCAAGUUCUUUUCUCUAAAUAAUUUGAUUUUUACAAAUUUUUGUUAAAAGGCAGAAGUCAAGCUUUCAAAUUUGCAUAUUCUGUACUGUUGCUUUAACUGUUCUUUGGAAGUGAUAGUUGAGUGCCAGCAGUAUUGUUACAGAAGUUAGGCAUGCAGUGACUUGUGUGUGAAAAAUAUGCUUAAUUGCAUUCCAUUAGCGUAGUUCAAGCUUGAGUCAUGCAUAAUGUACCAAUAAUUAACGCCAACGUUUGAUAGACUAACUUCAUCUCAUCCUUCAAAAAAUAGCUCUUCAUUAUGGCUACAUUAUGGUAAUGUAUUUGUUAGUGUUUUGUAAUCUUACACUUGCUUCUUGUCUUUGGGGGGGGGCCUUGUUCAAGAGCCUGUUGAAUUGUGAAGAAUUUGCUAUGCUGCAUCCUAAUCAGCUUGCUGAUUUAAGCACUUGAAAUGUCUUGCAUAUCUGCAUAUUGUAGAAGAAAAAUAAAGAGACAUUGUGG